GAUCAUGUUCAGCGUCUUUGUGCUAUCGCCCAACAAAUACGCAAGAUCCGGGAAAUCGCCCAGGUGGAAAGGUCGCCGUCAUCAAGGCCUCUCCACAGCAGUUCCCUCAGGAUAUCCCAAGCGCCGGCACGCACGGCCUCGCGUGUGAUGAGCGGUUUGUCCUCUCGCGGGCAAGUGAACCCAAAGGGCACGGCGCACCCGGCGUCGAAAAUCUUUCUUACCACGUCUGUCUGAGGACGGUGUUCAUGAGCUCCCGUGAAGGGACGCGGUGGUAUGAGUAGUCCGCGGCAUGCUGCGAAGGAGAACGGAGGGUGAUAGGAGCAGGACGCAAGGAACUUCUCUCGAUGCGCUUCCACUGAGGACAGCCCGUAUGGGGCAAUCUUGUAUUUUCCCUUGGCUCUUAUUCGUCCACACCUGCUUCUCUGGGCAGGUGGGCGACACCGGCAGCAGGAUUUGGCUCCUCAACAAGAUGGACUUUGCCGUGUUGACAGCAUUUUGCAACAGUCAAGUUUGCUGUCAAAAGAAAGGACGGGGGUCACAGCCCGCAAUUCCUCCCUUUGGGGGCCAGUUUCAAACACAGAGGGGUGCAGAAAGGAAAUGCAAGAACAAGAGAGACCCGAACCCCAUGAAGGUCCGCUUCAUCGCCAAAGAUCCUCGUGUGUACGGGUCAAUUCGGUGGCAACGGUCGCGAUGUGCUUGUUCAACUAGUCGAGUUCGUAAAGCAAAGAUAGGAAGAAACUCCCGUAUUGGCGUAUGGUCUGUCUGUGAUGUGGACUACCUUCCACACGGGUUGUAUAACUGAUGUUCGUAUACAAUAGCUACUUUGCUACACGCUUCGGCGUACUCCGUAUAUUGGCAACCCCAUACUGCUAGUCGUAGGUACGCUAGUCAGUUGGGUCAAUGGGCUCUUAUGGUACAAACUCAGGGUCCAGUCUAUAGCCGUGAAAUGCCUCCUAAUCUACGCCAG